UGUUUGUAGCAUGUAAGGCUAGUUAGCAGCCUCGCAAAUUUAAAAACACGUUAACUUUAUUUAAUGGUUCAAUUCUGAACAAAUAUUAUAUAGUUAAAUACAUCCAUUUUAUUAUUUUAUAGGUGAUAGAUGAGCAGUUUGUGUUGUGUUCUUUGAUCAGAAGAAUGGACAGGCACAGAUCCCGCAGCCCUACUACCAGCUCCCACCACCACUAUUCACCAAACAGACGGGGAGGAGAUAACAGAAGACGAAACCACUGUGACGGUGCACAAUUCAGACCCUCAAAUCACCACCUGCAUCAGUCCAGUUCAACUCCAAGGCAAACCCCACCAAGGUCCCAGACCUUAAGCACAAGAAGGGAAGUGUAUGAGAGAGACUUUCCAUUGUACAAGCAGCCUGUGGAAGUGGGCUGUUUCUCCCUAGACUCUCAGCGUAGGUUUUUCAACGACAGCAGGCAGAUGAGAUACUACGUGGAACCUGAGCGAAGUCCCAGUUUUGAUCUGAGGGAUGGCUACAGGGAACGAUAUGUGAAGAGGGACGAAAAUGUCAAGGAGAAGCUGGAUCACAUUCUGCGGUGGAUCGUAGCCAACAGGUCAAAGCUGAAAUCCAAGCUGACCACAAAUGCCUCAUGCCCUUUAGACUUUGACUUUGUGACCUGGCGGGGCCACCUGACCAAGCUGCUCACUACGCCAUACGAGACCAGAGAGGGCUGGUUGCUGGCGGUGACCAGGUUUAACGGCACGCUCUACAUCAGCGAGGUGGAGACCGAAGCUGCUUGCAGGGAACGAGAAAACCGCCCAGAGAGGAACAAGGAGAUGAUGUACUGGGGAUACAAGUUUGAACAAUACAUGUGUGCAGACAGUACAAACAGUACGCCUGACCCCAGCGGAGUGGUCAACACCAACGAGGCCUUCUGCACCGUGGUCCAGACCCGGCUCACAGAUCACAAGCUUCUGUUCUCUGGUGAGGUGGAUUGUCGGGACCGAGAUCCUGGUGCUCCACCUCCUCCUGCCUGCUACAUGGAGCUGAAGACCUCUGCAGAGAUCUGCACUCCCAAGCAGCGCAGCAACUUCCACAGGUUUAAACUGUUGAAAUGGUGGGCCCAGUCUUUCCUCCCUGGCGUCCCUCGGGUGGUUGCAGGUUUCAGGGAUCAUGACGGGACCGUCGUUUCUGUGGAGACUUUUCAGAUCUCCAAGAUUUCACAAGUCAUCAAGAACGAAUAUAACUGCUGGAAGCCAACAGUGUGCAUGAACUUCUGCUGUGACUUCCUAUCUUUUGUGAAGCGUGAAGCUACUGAGGACAAUCCUAGUGUGGUGUACUUAUUUUCCUGGGAGCCACACAACGAUGUGACCUACUCAGUCCACCGGGACUCCCGAUAUUCCUUCCUGCCUGACUGGUAUAUUAAGGAAAUUACCAGGUCUCCAGAAUAACAACAGCCAUCCGCUUUCAGGAUUCCUACAAUGUUGGAACAUUAUGGAAUUUAUUGAAGUAAUUUCCAGAUCUGGAAGUUUUUGAACUUGCAUAUUCUACUCCCUGUUCACUCUGUCCGAAAGUUGCAUCCUUUUAAUUAUUGUUAGUAAUUGCUUGUGGGUUUUAGAACUAAAACCUGAGUGUGGAAAACGAAAGUUUUGUAAUUAUAUUUCUGAAAAUAUAUAAAAAUGAAAAAAAAAGAAAUUGUAAGUCUGGGAAAAUACAUUUUGAUAUUAAUACCUUAUAGGAGCCCUGAAUUCUAAAAUUUUCCUCGACACAAAAAGUUCAACAAAUGUAAGCAUCUGUUGCUUCACCGUCUUCUGGGAAGAUUUUUUUAAAUAAUAAACAUUGUUCUUUGUUUUGUGCAUGGUAAUUAAAAAUAAAACAAUCUGUAAUAUUUUCAUGAUUAUUUUAUUGCUUCCUUGGUUUAACAGUCAUUGUGAUCCAGAAACCAUCAAGUUAAGUAAAACAAAAAAAUAAAUCUUUUAACAAUUGAAAUGAAAAAAAAAAA